CAGACCUCCAUCAGAGUCCUUGAGGAUCACUUCUCGCCGCCAUGAAGGAACAGAACGGUGAAGAGGAGGUCUUGAAGAUAAUGAAGGAAGCGCCAAACGCCAGAAAGGCUCUGCUGGAGAACUACGACAACCUGCUGAAGGUGGCCGAUUACUGCUACAACAACUACAUAGAGGCAGGUGAUGGCAGCAUCAAGGCGUUGGAGGAAACAAAGAAGUUCACCACCCAAUCACUGGCCAGCGUCACCUACCAGAUCAGCACCCUGGCCAGUAGCGUGCUGAGUCUGCUCGACGCUCAGACCAAUCAGCUUCGUCGCAUGGAGUCUUCCAUCAACCUCAUUGGUCAGACGGUGGAGAUGCACAAAGAGAAAGUUUCCCGGAGAGAAAUCGGCGCCUUCACGACGGUGCGACGAGUCCCACGCAACCACAAGAUCCUCCCUCCUGCUCAAACCCCCGCCGGGACGCAGACCCGCCCACCGUACAGCCGCCGGCCAAUCAACUACCAGCAGCUGGACGACCUGGGCCACGGCAUGAAGAGGAAACUGACUUUAUCUCUGUUUUUAUCCAUCCAUCUGCCUCUCAGCUCCAGUUUUGGGAAACCCGUAGCUCCGCCCACCAUCCCCACCAUCUGCCAGGAUCCACCUGUGUGUGACAUCAUCGCCGAGCUGCUGGUAGAUGCCCCGCCUCCUUUUCCCACAGCGAAUGAAUUUUCAGCUCAGGACGAGGCGGUCACCAACACCUCGCCGCUGCCCCCUCCGCCUCCUCCUCCACCUGGAUCAUCAGGGGGACACAUGGCGGCGCUGCCUCCGCCUCCUCCUCCUCCACCUGGAUCGUCAGCAGACAUGAUGGCGCUGCCUCCUCCUCCGCCUCCUCCGCCUCUGUCGUCAGUUGAUAUGAUGGCGCUGCCUCCUCCACCUCCACCCCCUCCUUCUGGAGUUCUGACCAAUCACAUCGCUCCACCGCCGGCUCCGCCCCUCAGCCUGGAGACAGUGGUGGAGGAGACCCUCCUCCCCCCUCCCUCCCCGCCUCCUCCCUCUGAUGACGACGGCUUCCCUCCGCUGCCCAAUGAUGGCUCAGAACUGCUAGCCCCGCCCCCUCCACCUCCUCCCAGCCAGGAAGUAGACGUGACUCUCCCGCCCAGGAGGAGUCGCCACCGUCGCUCGCCCCCCACCACUCGCUCUCUCUCCAUGAGGGUCCGCUCUGGCCCCGCCUCCCGCUGCCGCUAUACGCGCUCGCUCUUCCUGCCUGCUGUCCAAUCAUUGAUGAUCCCCCCUCCUCCCCCCUACCCUCCCCCCCGCGCUCCUCCUCACCCCCCCUCCUCCUCCUCCUCCUCCUCCUCCUCUCGGCUCUGCUUACCUGCUCGCCUCGAACACCUGGAUCUGGAGAUCUCAGCCAUGCCUCCUCCUCUCCUAUUGGACGGCGAGGGAGGUUUUGAUGACAUCAUGCCGCCCCUCCCGCCACCAGUGGACUACGACACCGACGCCCCCCCACACUACCUGGAGAAAGUGGUGGCGCUCUACAGCUACGAGGCGCUGAAGCCUGACGACCUCUCGUUUGCCGAGGGCGACGUCAUCUACCUGACGCAUCGCCAUGACGACGGCUGGUGUGAGGGGCUUCUCAACGGCAACAGGGGCUUCUUCCCCGAAAACUACGUCCAAUCAAGCGGCUAGGAACGAAGCCCCGCCCUCUGCUGCCCCCCACAGGUUAAACACGGGAACUGCAGGAACAAAACAGAGAAGAAGUAUUUUAUAUUCAGAGAUCCAACAACUUAGAGUAAAUAUACACAGAGAGAAAGUACUUUCUAUUCAGAGAUCCAACAACUUAGAGUAAAUAUACACAGAGAGAAAGUACUUUAUAUUCAGAGAUCCACCAACUUAGAGUAAAUAUACACAGAGAGAAAGUACUUUCUAUUCAGAGAUCCAACAACUUAGAGUAAAUAUACACAGAGAGAAAGUACUUUAUAUUCAGAGAUCCACCAACUUAGAGUAAAUAUACACAGAGAGAAAGUACUUUCUAUUCAGAGAUCCACCAACUUAGAGUAAAUAUACACAGAGAGAAAGUACUUUAUAUUCAGAGAUCCAACAACUUAGAGUAAAUAUACACAGAGAAGAAGUACUUUCUAUUCAGAGGAAGUUCAACUCGACGUCACUCUGACCUCCGUCAGAGCUGAAACAACAUCAUUCUGAUAAAUCCAAGAAUCAUUUAAAUUAAGUUUAGUUUGUUUCUGAAUGUUUUCUUAUUAUCUGAUAAAACCAUCUGAUUACUUGAAGCAUCAGCAGAAGUUAACCGCUCAGAUAUCUGUGUUAAAAUAAGUGGACGGUUUGACAGAAGAGACACUGACAGAAAGAAAAGUUCUGUAAAGAAGAAGCUGCAGACAUUAAAAUACAGAGCGUCCCGUGCUGAUUAGAGAUGACGUCACUCAAGGUUUCCAGCCGGACGCCAAACAAACAGAACCCGACCUGAAGAGUGAAACAUAUCUGUGAAGAGCUUCUUCUGCCUGUGAGCUCUGAGAAGAAAACUGAUAUUUCAGCAUAGUAACUAAGAGAAAUGUGUUUAUUAACCCUUUAUUCUUUUUCUCUUUUUAAGUUCAACAAACUCUUUUUAUAUAUUAAAUAUUACAUGUAGAGUUUUUAUUUAAAGUCUUUUCUUUGAUUGCUGGAACAAACUUGAUAAAACGUCUGUGUACUUUUACUUCAGUAAGACCUGUAAUGAGGUAUUUGUAAGUAUUUGUGUGCCUGUCAGGCUGCACUGAGGGCUGCAGGCCACAGACCCUCAGUGAACAGUUAUUAAUGUGACAUCGUGCUCGCUUCUUCAGACGAUCAAUCAAUAAAUCAGUAAAUCUUUAUCAGCA